CUAUCAGAGUCAUCGGGGGAGUGGAGUGGGUGCGUUUGUGGAAAUGGAAAAUCAAUUCAUCGUCAUUUUUCUCCACACCAGCAGUAAGCAGUAGUGAAAAUUUUUGUUUGAAAAGUGUGAAAAUUAAUGCACAAUUCGAUCCGUUCUGCAUUUGGAAUCAUAUUCCAUCCAUUAGUGAGCGCAUGAAGCAACCAGCUUGCCGGAUUCCUAUUUUUGACGGUGCUCUACUAGGCUGGUAGUGAAUUAUUAACCAUUAGGAACUGUGCGUGUAUCGCCAGCAAGAAAAGAAAAACUAGUUCCUACUCCAAGGAAGAUUUUUUCCCAUUUUCCCGAAGGGCAUUCCUCUGUUGUUGUGUUUUCGGAAGGUAUCAUUAGUGAGAAAAUAUGGAGUCACCAUUGUGCAGUGUUUUUAUCAGCGCCUGGACCUUCUAGACUUGGAUGUUGAAAUUUUUAAACCGUGCGUGAUAGUAGGGAAAUCAGUCGAUAUCAGUGUUGGUGCUCCUGCACUGGUUAUUACAGUGGGUGGGGAUCUUCCUGCUGAUCCCCUUUCCGGACCAUUGCUACCCUCUGUAUUAGCUACCCGCCCUGAGAUCUGUGAAGGAUAAAGUAGCCAGAGAAAAAAAGGCCACCAACUGUGUUUGUGUAGAAAUUGUUUUUUGUUGCUACCUUGUAAACUUUUCGGGCCUUCGAACGAAGCUUGUCGAUAAAUUCCUACUUGUUGUUAUUUACGCUUUUGCUUAUUUUCGCGUUUCGGUGGGAUAUGGGAUCGGAAAAAAUGUCCGAUUAUUGUUCCCACUGUAACACCGACAACAAAUGGCUAUAUUUGAGAAACGACUUGAACAAAAGGUCGUUCUAGAUGAUACGGAAGCGAUCACCUGUUCUAUUGAAACAGCACAGAACAUCGAUGGACAUACGGAAUACGUGUUGAGAGUACAGCGUGGACCAUAUCCAGAAAACAGCUGGCGUAUUCUAAGGCGUUACAAUGACUUCGCUUCGCUUAACAAGUGCUUGCAAAUAUCAGGGAUUGAUUUGCCAUUUCCCGGAAAGAAGUUUAUUGGAAAUAUGCGCCCUGAUUUCAUAGCUGAGCGGUUAUUUGCAUUACAAGAGUAUAUAAAUCAAGUACUAAUGAAUCCCAUUUUGGCAUCAUCAUUACCAACCAAAAAAUUCAUCGAUCCGGACAGUUAUUCAACUCCGUUCCAUGAUCUGGCCCUGCAGUAUGCGUCAAUGUGCCUUCGCACGGACGGCGUAUUCACUCUGGGCCAAUCGUUGGGUCCGAUAGGAUGGCGGUUGCGGAAGCAUUACUUCAAAGUAGUUCACAAACCGCUAGGUAACAAACACUCACCGGGACAUUCCACCACCAAGCAUCAUCUGAUCAAGUCGAGCUCGCAAUCGCACGGUAAACAGCACACGACUCAGGUUUGCGUAACUACAUCGACGGAGAAGGACUACAAUACGAAGGAAAUCGGAAGAGAUGACUUGAUCCUGACAUGGACGGAAUUUGGACCGGACAAAUACAUCGACGAGAAGGAGAUUCACAAUGUGCUCAAGAACUUUGGCAGCGUCCAGCAUCCCUAUAUUGCUCCAAUUGAGUACAUUGCAUCGAACGAUAACGGAGCGCUGGCCAUUCGGAAGUUCUACAAGCAUGGCAGUCUGAAGGAUGUUCUCUGUGCGGCAUCUCCGUGUAAUCCGUUCCUUUCGAAGUACGGCAGUCCAAAGGGGAGAGCUCCGUUGCCGUUGAAGGAGCUAGCGCUGUAUGCGCGGCAGAUUUUGGAAGCUAUUCGGUUUCUGCACUCCAAGGGAAUGGCUUGCGGUCACGUGCACUGUGGCAAUGUAUUGAUCGUGGACGGAGUAGCGCGCUUGAUGGAUGUGGAGAAUUUCAUCAUCGGUGUGCCCUCCUUUUACCGGCCGUUUUUUGUGCAGCAUAGCAAAAUAAACAACUGCGAGUCUAUUGACGUAUACGGGUUCGGGCAUUUGCUGUACGAGAUGUGCAUGGGUUACCCCUUGCAGGAUUCUUACGCUAGGCAGAUCACCGACUGUCCGGACAGCCUAAAAUCGCUGCUGGAAUCGAUUCUCUCCAAGGACGCGUGCAAGUCGGUCCUACCGACGCUGGAUCAACUGGCGGCGCAUCCGUUCUUCAGUGAGUACGCCGCCAGCUUUAACGAUCAGUAUGCGAUGGCGGUGGGCGCACAGAAGCCGUAUCUGAAGUUUUCAACCAAUGCCAAAGACCAGCUGAAGAUUGCGAUCCAGAAAACGGAGAACCGGGUUCGAGAUGAGCAAAAAUCCGUCAAAAAUCAGAAACGUCUAGUCAGGGUGCAGGAGAUGAUGACCUCGGAGGAGGAGAAGAAGAAAAUUAAACACAAAGCGAAACAAGAACACCGGCAAGCCAAGCUGCGUGCGCAGAACUCACUCCAACUGAGCAAUGGUCCUCCGCAAACGGUGACUGUUAGUGCAAGCUCUGGAUCGGCCGGUUCUGUCAUGGUUAAAUCGGACAGUGCUAACAGUAUUACCUCACCGCAGGAUGCGGCAUUGAUGUCUCCUCCGGCGCACGCAACCGACAGCGGGGGAAGUGCUUCGUCUCCGUUGCCACCACCGAUUCCGCCACCAUCAUCCCUUCCGUUGUUUGAUCAGGCUAUGGCGGCCGGAUUGGGCCGCUCUAACGGUAGACAACUGAACAAGUCAAUUUCCGGUGAUGACAACUGCAGUUCCAACCGUAGUGCCCUGUUGGACUCGAUUUGUAACUUCAACAAGAGUGGUCUCAAGAAAAUUAACAACGGCGACAAGUGAAGUAAGGUUUGGAAAGACAAUGCGAUGUGUAGAAUCAUAUUUCCUAUCGGUCGUAAAUUGAUCAGACUAAUCAGAACUAUGCGGUAGACGUGUGCGUGUGUAGGGAAGUAAUGCCCCAUCUAGAGAACCAUCCGAAGUAAACAUUGUGCAACCAUACCUACUACAAGAAAACAACUAGUAAGCAUUAAACUGAAGGAAGUGUUUUGGACCAAUUUUUUCGUACUCUAUAGAGAAACUUAAAAGAUAACUACAAACAACUCGUAGGUAACCGAAAUUCAACAGGAAUUAUUUAAACGUACGAAUGUCAUCGUAAAAUUUUGCUGUGGUCAAACAGCUUCUUUACUCAUUUACUAGCUGGUGUAAACCUUUCAUCAUUUGACUUAAUGUUUAGCGAAGAUCGUUUUUGUUUGGUUUAAACUCUUCAAUUUUAGAUAUACACAUUUUAUGUAUCUUUUUUUUGACCAUGUACCACGCUUUAUAACCAUGCAUGAACAAAGACUCUAGGACAAAAAUCAAAUUAAAUAAUGUGGAAGAGAAAGCGAUGACCUGAUGAAGUUGUCGCUUGUCCUCCAAACGACUAGUUUUGGAUGGAGAAAAAUGAAACGAUAUUAAAUUGAAAAGGGAAAAACAGAAAUGUUUCCUACAUGUUUAUGGCUUUAAAAAAAGAAUAAAAUAAAUAUUGAUAAACCUAUAGAGUAAUACAGAGCAAAAAUAAAAACACACUCAUACAAAACAAGCACAGUUUAGCACAUUAGAAGACUAUGCAUAACAGAGAUAUUGAGUAUUUAUCUGUAAUUGUUGUUAUGUGAAAAGUAUUGUGAAAAAAGACAUGAUUCGUUUUACCUUUUGAAUCCCUUGUCCGGUGGUUUGUGUUCUGCAAAAGUUUUCCAAAAUUGAAAAUGAAAUCUUCCUUUUACCAAGCCAAGCUGCUUUGGUUGUUACCUGGAUGGGGAAAUGGGGAGUCUUUCGAGUAUCAGUGGAUUAAUUUUAUACACUUAUUCGAUUGAUAGAACCUGUGAUGUUUUCCUUUUUGAGCUUCAGUUACUUCAAGUUGAUUCAAAUUGUUGAUCAACAAUUUGCACUUCCUAUUUCCCCUAUUGGGUCCCCGUGCAUGUCUGUGAUGUUAAGUUAUCCAGAUCUCAAAUCCAAACCCGUAUCCGAAUCAAGUUUUCAUCUAAUCGGCUUUUGGUUUUUGGGUUAGGAAUCGAAAGUGGUAAGUGGAAAUGAUCUUAUGAAUGAAAUAAUGUUAAAUGCGAACUCUUGUAAAGCUACGAUAUAAAUAUAAACUAUCUGUGUCAUAGUGAUACUCUGCAAUGAAGAAGAAUAGCCAAUCUACUAAUCAAAACUACAUUCCUACUUCAUAUGUGCACAUAAUGGUCCCAGAAAUUAUUCUUCCACCCACUACUGUCGUUAUUUAUGUUGUCCAUGUUUUAGUGCCAUACAAUGCUUCGUGACUCUGAAAUCACCGCCGCGAAGAACAAAAUCCAACGGGAUCGGUGCAUACAUUUCAUAAAAUAAUUGUUGACAUGUUGCAUAGCAAACAGAAAAUCAUAAAAAUUCUUCUACACAUUUUAUAUAUUUAUUCCACAACAGGAAGCUUAUCACUAUCUCUUAAUAUAAUUGUGAUUUAUGUGAACAAAUUUGUAUCCUGAUAUAUCUCCCCUUUUAUAAUAACAUUAUACAAAUUUAAACGAUACCAACCAGUGUAAACAAACAUAUUCGAUAGUAUAACAAAUCAACAAAACAAAAAUCUAUUCAUAUUUUUGUGGGCUGCGGAUAUUGAAACGAUGGCUAAACUGCAAACUUUUUGAUAACGGAACUAAAUUUAUAGAAAGAACUACUAUACCUUUGGCACAGUCUAUUCACUUCCAAAACAACACACUUCUAAAAUCACACAUUAAAACAAGGCGAACAAUAUUUCAACUAAAAUAAAAACAUCAACAACAACUAGCUUCGGCAACGUAAUAUGUGAAAUCAGUUAUUAUAUACGCAUACAAUCCGAAUGUAUCUGUGGUAAAUUAAACAAAA